GUUAAGGGCUCCAGGGGGCCUCCAGGAGCACCGGGAGAUGCAGGGCCCAUUGGGAAAAGGGAACACAAGGAGAAGGCCAACCUGGAUAUCCAGGGUUCCAGGGAUACCCUGGUCUGAGAGGACCUGCAGGUUUAAAGGGCAUCAGGGGAUUCACAGGGCUGAAGGGUGAUGUCGGCCUGCCAGGUGAUCGCAGUGAUGAUAACGACCAGCCAGGUCGGGGAGAACUCCAGGGGCCAAAAGGAUACCCUGGUCUCACAGGAGAGAAUGGAUCACCAGGCCCAGUGGGCCAUCUGGGGACAGACCUCGGUGAGAAACAUGCGCUGGAUUGCCGGUGGUACGUACACGGGAGAGGCGCUGGAUUUUGCCCGGCAGGCAUUCGGCAGCUCCCAGCUGGACCGAAAGGUGGCCAUAGUCUUGACAGACGGACGGUCGGACACCCGCCGGGACGCCAAACCGCUGUCCUCCCUCUGCUCUGUGCCCAAUAUAAGGGUGGUGGGCAUUGGCAUAGGUGACAUCUUCAGAUGGGCGUCCUACGCCACCAUGCUGGAGGAGAUCACCUGUCUGGGCACAGCCUCACCUGGACUCUACCUGAAGAUUACAGACGACGUGCAACUGCUGGAGGACUCCUUCUUCAACAACGUUACUGGCUAUGUCUGCCAAGAUAAGAAAUGUCCUGAUUACACCUGUCCAGCCAACUUCCAGGAAGCUACAGACAUAGUCUUCAUGUUGGACGGCUCCUCCAGUGUGGGCCAGGCCAACUUCUACAGAGCCAGAGAGUUUGUUGAGAACAUGGCCGCCAGGCUGCUGUCACAGGACCGGGGAGGGCUGCUCCGCCUGUCCGUCAUGCAGUACAGCGAUGGGCAGCAGCAGAGAGUGGAGGUGCCCUUCACUGCUAGGGUUGAGGAUGUGCUAACGGGGCUAGCAGCUACGCUCUGCAUGGAUGGGGCCACCGACUUACCGGCUGCCCUGGCCUUCCUGACCUCCACCCUCCAGAGGGAGGGCCGCUCUGCUGUCCCCAGGAAAGUAGUGGUGUUCACGGACGGCAGGUCUGUGGCCUCUGCCUGGGCUGCUAUCCCCAGAGCCGCCGCCGCUCUGGCAGAGAACACACAGCUGCUGGCCGUCACUGUGGGCGAGGGCUUUGACGAGGCGGGCGUGUGCCAGCUGGUGAUGGGACAGGCGAACGGGUUUGAUUACCACGUCGUGGAUAGUCGUGUCCACCGAGUGGCGCUGUACAGUGACCUGGCCAGACGGGUGGUCAUGCAGAGCCUGGCUAGAAAGCUCUCUAAAGCUCUCUGAAGCUCUCCAAAGCUCUCCGAAGUUCUCUAAAGCUAUCUGAAGCUCUGUAAAGCUAUCUCAAGCUCUCUGAAGUUCUCUAAAGCUCUCUAAAGCUCUCCGAAGCACUCUGAAGCUCUGUAAAGCUAUCUCAAGCUCUCUGAAGUUCUCUAAAGUUCUCUAAAGCUAUGUAAAGCUCUCUAAAGCUUUCUGAAGCUCUGUAAAGCUUUCUGAAGCUCUGUAAAGCUCUCUGAAGCCCCGUAAAGCUCUCUGAAGCUCUCCAAAGCUCUGUAAAGCUCUCUGGAGCCCUCUAACGCUCUUAAACUACUCUCCUACUACUGAACUGUCUAUGAAUUGUCCUGUUGUGCCAUGUAUUAGGCCAUUAAGAAAUUAGAUAGAUAUGGUUCACAUUUUAUACUUUUGUGUUUUCCUUAUGCCUUUGAGGGCCUCCUGCUUUUCAUGUGAAAUAAAAUGAAUAUGUUUGUCAUAAGAAGCACUUGGGUAGAUUAAUAAACGUUACGCUGUAAGUUUGGUGAUAAGAUGAACAGUUUUCUUUUGCUCAAAUUUUCUGGAGGUCUUGACAAAUAAAAUAUUGGACAAACUAA